AUGGCCGAUGCUGCAUCUGCUUUUAUGCAGGCCAUCCGGCCUCGGGGCCUCCCCCUCCUGCUGAUCGGCCUCCUCGCAUGCUCCACCCCCCCGACCCUGGCGGAGCGGAACGGCGCGGAUCGUCAGUGCCCCAACUACGUCACCAGCCACGCACCUCUCCUGUGGCUGCACUCGCAUGACCGCUACAUGCCCAGCGAUCUCCUCACCCACGUCCGCCACACAUCGCCUCUCCUGGACCGGAGCCCCGUGCCUGACCUGCCGCCGCUGGACCUGGACAAUCUCGAGCUUCUCAACCAGUUCGGGGACAACGUGGCACUCACCUCCGACGAUGAUCCCACCACCCAUCCGCCAUGGCUUCUCGGCACACCCCCGGACCCGGACGGUAGAGUCCGCGACGCCACGCCCUGCGUCGUGAUCCUGGUCGACAAGAACGAACGCGAUGUCGACGCCUUCUACUUUUACUUUUACUCGUACAACGAGGGCCCGAACGUCACCCAGGUUUUGGAGCCCUUCAACCACAUCGUCAAGGGUGGGGAGGCGGCCUCGGGUAUGCACUUUGGUGACCACAUUGGCGACUGGUAUCACAACAUGAUCCGCUUCCGAGAUGGGAAACCUAUCGGCAUCUACUUUAGCCAGCACGUUGACGGCUCGUCGUAUAACUGGGACGACCCAGAACUGUCCAAGACGGACGGGCGUCCAAUAGUAUAUAGUGCAUGCGGAUCUCAUGCAAACUAUCCAACGCCGGGCGACCAAAUCCACAAUGCCGUCUUGGUAGAUUACUGCGACCAAGGAAAGAGAUGGGAUCCCGUCCUUUCGGCUUACUUCUAUCGCUUCGAUCCCAAGUCAUUCACCUUGACUCGACUGGAUCCGCCCGGCCAACUAACCGCCGCACCACCCGAGUCGUCGAAUCUGACGUCCUUCUUCUACUACUCGGGCCGCUGGGGAGACGUGUCGUAUCCGGACUCGGACCCGCGCCAGAAAACGGUGCCGUGGUUCAAGCUCAAACGGUUCCAGUCUGGCCCGACGGGCCCGCGGUACAAGCACCUCGUCCGGAAGGGCCUGAAGCCAGACAACGCGCGGAAGCUGGGGUGGAUGGAGUGGGGCGUGGGCAUCUACAUGUCGCUGUACCCCUGCUGUCUCAAAGGCUGGAGGGCGUGGUUCUUGAUCGGGUUUGUUGUCGCCACCUUGUCCGGGGCUGUCGCCGGGGCCGUCUUCGUCUUGAGGAAGUGUAGGACGAGGAAGUAUAGGAGGUUGGAUGCCGAGGAUAUCUUAUUGGACGACUGGGUACUGGAAGACGACGCCCUGCUCUCCUCCUCUGACGACGAGGAUGGGAAGAAUGAUCAAGGGACCAAACACGCAGGGUAA